CCGCCGUGUGACAACGCGCCGGCACGACCGUGGCUAAUCUUUCCACUGCCUACUCUGUAUGUGUCUGUAGAAAGGGGGCAAGGGAUAUUUUUUUCCCUUCAGUUUCCCCCUAGGGAAGGGGGGAGCGUUACUUCUAGCUAACAUUUGCUGCUGUGGCUCUACCACACUACUACUACACGGUGCGUUACGUGCUGUUACACUAAUGAAUUGACAUCGCGUCGGCACUGACGGCUGUGUUGGGACGCUCUUCUUCGCACACAGCUCUACACAGGGCACUGUUCUACAUGCGCAGAGCCUUCUUUUUGUGGAGAUAAAAAAAAACCCUACCUGAACUGGGCCGGAGACGGUGUCCGACCGGAUGUGCCGUUCUCGAUCGUGCCGUGAUCGGGUCCAAGCGUGUGAAUCGUGCUUUGUCAAUCCGACGAUGUUCGACGAUGUGAAGAAAAAGAAGUGUAUGCUCAGUGAAUAGAAAAUAGUGCGAAAAGUAGUAGUAGCCGUGAAUUGAAAGGAUCAUCGCGCUGCCGAUCGCCGUGUGGAAAGAAAGGGAAAGAAACGCGUCAGUGUGUUGUGGGGUGUAAUUACGGGUGCGCGCGUGGUGCAGUUUGAAGGGGUGGAGGUGUCGUUAUUUUGGGUAAAUUAUCGGUGAAAGAGAAACGGAGUGAAUUUUCACGUGGAACCAACCCUCUCGAUGGCUCAAGAAGAAGCUCCUUCGAGGCGAUUGUGUGAGAUAGUGUGGAAAUAGUGGUGUGAUUAGCGCAAUUUGCGUGUAAAUGUACGUAAGGGUUAGGAGCAUAAAAGAGGGUUAACAAAGGGCUAACGUUGCCGGAAUGCCGGCUGAUUGGAAGUGAAUACUAAGAAACCCUAAGGGCCCGGCACAAACACGAUACAAUAUGGCGUACGUUGUUUGGCGCGUGCUUUUGAAGCAGUAUUCGAAGGUUCGGCUCGGCGUUCAGAGGAAUCCAUCGGUAGAAGACGAACUUUCCCCAACAACUCGGCGCACCAAAUCGUUCGACGACCAGACGUGGAAAGUGCACGACGAAACGGUGAAUCUGUCGGCUAACAUCUCCGCCAUCUCUACAACCGCACUGGCGAUCCGUUCGCCCCAAGUAGACUACGACCUGGAGUCUUACGGUAGCUCCCGGGAACCCCGGUCAAGAUCUUCCGCACUGGACGAAGUGUUGGUAGUGGCCGGCAGUGAAGAUCCUGCCGGUGAUGGCCCCAGCUCCAGUCUGAAUCGUGGCGAGGUGCGCAAAAGCCGUUCCAAGAUGAAGAACUACCUGAAACGCUGUAAGGACGUGCUGAUUAGUGGUGUGGUUGGACAUGCUGGCGCUGGUAGUGCCGGAAAUUCAUCGAACACAACCGCCACGGAGGAUCAGACACAGGAUGUGGUGGUGUAUCGUGCACAGGGCGACGACUCACAGCCCAACAGUACGUCCUGCUGGUACUUGGACGAUAAUCUAAUGGAGCUUCGGCCGGAAGACAAUCGCGAGCCGUACUCCUCGCUCGCUUCAGCCCGCCUGAAGUCGGAGUCGGAGGAGGUACGAAAGGCUCGGGAGCGAACAACUGCAGAAGCUGCCGAAGUUCCGACUGCAACAGCGCUCACCGCCGUCACAACUACCUCAAGCAGCAGUGUAGCGAAAAUUGGAGAAGGAAUCACACGGGAGAUGCACCGUCAGCCUCAACCGUCCAUCGAAUGCGCUUCCAGUGUGCUCGAAGCUUCAGCGGCGGCUGCAACCGAGAGCGUAGAGAUGCAGAUGCAGUCGGAUGCGCUACCGGACUGUGGGCUGACGGUGGGACCGUUUGCGCCAACCGCCGCCGACCGUUUAUCAUCGGCGCACGGCGGUAGCGGCAGCAUCGAGAGCCUGAUCGACCAUUACCUCGGGCCACUGUAUCCGGACUACGCGGACCACACGCGCCCGAUGCUGAUCCGGCAGGCGCGCGAUCUGCUCGUGUGCACAUUUCACGGCGAUCUGGAGCGGUUCGAGGGCGACUUCCUGCGUCCGGCCACCGAUAUCGUUCGCGAGCUGCGAUGCGCUUAUCAACGCGGCAAGGACCUAAGCUGGUGUGACGGUUGGCCACUGGCCGUCGCGGGAGCCCUGGUGCUCCAUCUGGGGGCUCUUGAUGAAUCGCUGGUCCGGUCGCAGGAUACGUACCUUUGCAUUCGACCCGAGCCGGACACGAGCAAACCCGAGCUCUAUGCAGUUUGGCGUGGCACAAGCCCACCCUCAGCAGCAGCAGCAGGAGCAGCCUCAGCCUCGUCUACCGUUGCGUGUAGCAGCGCAACCACCCAGCCACACCCAUCGAUCGUGUACCGUCGGUUGGAUCCGAUCCGCGAUCCGGUCACCCCUCUAGCUGUGGAGAUGCUGACGGAAGAUCUGCCCGCCCUGCUGCAAAACCUCCUGGUCGGCAUCGAGCGGGCGAUCAGCCGCGUCCCGCUGGAGGACCUUUCCUUUCCCACGCCGGACGGAGGGCUUACGGUGCCCGCUAGCGCCACCACCGCCGCCACUACUGCCCCGUCCGAUCCCGAUGGCGACGAGAACGGGGAGCUGCUGAAUGAAGCGGGCCGCAGCCCGGCAGCCAACAACAGCACGCCCGGCACACCCAAGCUCGGCCUGCUGAAGCGUCGCGAACUGAUCACCAAAAACAACAAGCUGCUAAUCAACAGCAAGUACACGCAGCUGAAGCGACAGCCGCUGGCGGCGACCGUCGUUUCCGGUGCGAACCUGUCAACGGCCGGCAGCCACCAGCACCGGCCGGGGGCGAUCGGCGGCAAUCAAAACGGCCACGGCGGCACCGGUGGAAAAAGUGAAAAUGCGCCACAAAUCGGCAGCAAUCAGUGUAAUGACGGCCUAAGCGUAACCAUCUGUGACACCGGCGGCGUUGAGGGUGGUGGCGGUGGAGGGCUGGCAGGAGAUAAUCAGCAAUCAACAGCUGUGGACGCUGGUGGUUCAGCAGCAGCAGCAGCAGUAACACCAUCGGCAGGGAUGCCACUAUUCUGUCUGGGAGGUUCCUUUCCACACAUCGACAGCGACGAGGAGAGCAGCGACGAGCAGAAGAAGUGUGACCCAGCACCUCAUCUGCCACCACCGCACGAGAUCGUUGCGCCGCGCUCGAUCCGCGAGCUACCGGAGAAACUUUUGACGUCAGGAAUUUCAAUACCAGGAACGCACGAUCGCUCCGGUACGCCAAUCAUCUACAUCGAGGUGGAGAAAACGCUCGCAUCGGGCCUGAACUGUUACGAAAUUGCCACCGUGCUACUGUACUACAACACUCUGCCGAUCCAAAGACCCACCCAUUACGCGCUUCACCUGCUGGUGAACGAAAGUGGGCAGCUUCACUUUCUCGACACGAUCGAGAGCACGCUGCAACUGCUCGACGGCCAUCUGAAGCUGUCCGCCGUCUUUGUCUCGGGCGGGUAUGACGCCGGCGGUGGCGAUCAGCAGCAGCAACAGCAACAGCAGCAGCAGCGCCAUCCACCGAAGGAGUACCUCCGGCCGGGCAGCGUGCGCGUCCGCUAUCUGAACAACGAAACGGUGAAGAACUUUAUCAGCACGGACAAUCUACCGAUCCAGUGCUGCGGGUUCUACGUGCACGAUCAGCGCGAGUGGGUCGACUUCUUCCAGCUGCUCGAGCAGCUCCAGCAGCAGUGCGUCGAGACGGGGCGCCGCCUAGUGGCCGUGCUGGGUGACUUGCGCGGUGUCGAGUCGCAGACGAACCACAAUCAGAACCAGCACCAGCAGCAGCAGCCACAGCAAUCGCACCACCAUAACCACCUCCAGAACGGUACAGCAACCACCCGCCGUCAGCUGCACUCGCAGCACCGGGCGCUCAGCCGGGCGCUGAUGGACUCGGAGCUGCAGAGCCUGCGCCGCAAGGGCCCGAGCACGAUCCAGCGGCUGCAGGACAAGCUGACGGUGAUCAACAAUAGACAAACGCUUAAGCAAACCAAAAAUUUAGUUAGAGCCCUUAGUGUAGAUAGUAGCGUGCGCGGUAGCGCUAACGGAGGAGCCAACGGCACCGAAGGCACCACCAGCGGCGCCGGUGGCGUCGAGCAGGACAUUAUUAAUGGCCGGCUGGCGGAGGUGAUUGCCAUCUACGGGGAGGUGGACCGGGCGGCCCGCAAACUCGAGCAGCUGACCGAACAGCGCCGGGAGCGGCUGCGCGAGAUGACCCGCCAGCGCGCCCUGGACGACGAAAUCAAUGAGGUCAUUUGCUGGAUGCGCAACGAAGGUGAACAGUCGCUGCGCACGUUCAGCGAUCUGGCCGCGCUGGAGUGUCCCGAUGCGGCCAAGGAGAGCGAGACGCAGUUCGAGCAGUUCUACUACACCGCCCGCAAGCACGUCAGCAAGGGCCGCGACCUGUGCGACGCGUCCGGCGAGCUGGAGAUAAUGCGCGACAACCUGAAGCUGCUGAAGGACUGCGUGGACGUGUUCCAGGAGCGGUUGGAGCGGGUGCGCGAACGGAUCGAGGGUGCGGCCCGGCUGCACAGCCUGCUCGGCAUGCAGCAGCUCAAGCUGGACGAUGACAUCCGGACGGAGAUGCUGAAGCUGGCGGAGAAGAUCGACGCGCCGGGUCGGUUGAUCGAGCGCUGCCGGCGUCUGUCGAUGCCGCACGGCGGUGGUGAUCGGAACGACAGCUCCUCCGGCAAGGAGGAGGACAGUUCCGUGAGCAGUGGACAGCACUUCCUCAACCACCAGAAUCAUCCUAACAAUAGUAGCAACCACAACAACAGUACCAGUGAUAAUAUAAGUUUAGAUAUAAGCAUGUCGGAUGAUACGAUCACCGCCACCAGCACGCCGGAGAAGGGCAAGCUCGGGCAGUGCUUACCGCCACCGCCACCAUUACCAGCGCUGGCGACGACGCCUCUGCCAACGCUAACCGAGCAGGGUGACGAUCAAGGACAGGAUGCGAGCCAGGGUGUGACGAUGAGACAUCCGAAGGGACAGCAUCAUCACCAUCACCACCAUCACCACCAUCAUCACCAUCAGCGGCACGACGAGGAGGAUGAGGAGCUGUCGAAGAUGGCCGACUCGGGGCUGGGCGGUUGCGAUCGGUGCGAGGGUAACGCGAAGCUCGAACGGACCUGCUCCUGCCAGAGCUUCGACGAUCCGAAGAACGUUUGCAACAACAGUGACGAUCUGGAUGAGGAUUGCUUUGAGGGCAUCUCAAAGCCACCGCUGGAUCUGCAGAUACCGCUGCAGGCGAAUGCGCAUCUCUACUGCCAUGCGUCCAACCUGCAGCUAGACUACGAGGAGAACAAUCCUUUCGACCAGAAGACGCAAAAAACGCUUCUAUUGAUCAUGCGCGAAAUGAUUGGCACAGAACGCGACUACGUCCGCUCGCUGCAGUACGUGAUCGAGAACUACACGCAGGAGCUGUUGCGCGAGGACAUACCGCAGGCGCUGCGCGGCCAGCGGAACGUCAUCUUCGGCAACAUCGAGCGGAUCAGCGAGUUUCAUCGGCAGCACUUUCUUAGCGAGCUGGAAAGCUGCGAGCACCACCCGCUAAAGGUAGGGACCGCGUUCCUGCGGCACGAGUCCAAGUUCUACCUGUACGCGCUGUACAACAAGAACAAACCGAAGAGCGACUCGCUGAUGAGCGAAAACGGCACGCAGUUCUUCAAGACGAAGCAGAUCGAGCUGAACGACAAGAUGGACCUUGCCUCGUACCUGCUGAAACCGGUCCAGCGGAUGGGCAAGUACGCGCUGCUGCUACAGCAGCUCAUGAAGGCGUGCGCUGAUUUGCAGCACACGAACAGCAAUGCGGAGAUACUGGAAGAUCUGGAGAUGCUGCAGAAGGCGGAAGAGAUGGUACGGUUCCAGCUGCGCCACGGUAACGAUCUGCUCGCGAUGGACAGUCUGCGCGACUGUGACGUGAACGUGAAGGAGCAAGGGCGGUUGUUGCGCCAGAACGAGUUUCUCGUUUGGGAGGGAAAGGCAGGCAAGAAGUCGCUCCGGCAGGUGUUCCUGUUCGAGGAGCUGGUACUGUUCAGCAAGGCGAGACGAUUCCCGGACCGGAAGAAUUUGGACAUCUACAUCUACAAAAACAGCAUAAAAACGUCCGACAUUGGGCUGACGGCACAUGUCGGUGAUUCGCCCUACCGGUUUGAGAUUUGGUUCCGCAAGCGCAAACCGGGCGACACCUGGACGCUGCAGACGAUGAGCGAGGACGUGAAGAAUGCGUGGACGGAGGAAAUUUCCAAGCUGCUGUGGAAGCAGGCCAAACGGAACCGUGAAAUUCGGCUAGCGGAGAUGUCCUCGAUGGGCAUCGGCAGCAAGCCGUGUCUGGAUAUACGCCCGAGUCAGGAUCAAAUUAACGAUCGGUCGAUCAGCAUCUCGCAGCUUGGAAAGGCACCGAAACUGCGCAACUCCUUCAUGGGCACGCUGCCCGAAUCGAAGUCGAGCAAGCGGCCACAGUCGAUCAUUUCCGUGAGCUCGUCGUCGUCGGGCAGUUCGUCGGUCAGUACCGGGACGAGUUCCACGACGAGUGGAUGCGAGGCCACGACAGUGAGCGUUAGCGGUAACAGCAAUAGCUCCUCGGGUACGUCCUCUGCUGCCAGCAAUAGUGGCAGUAGCAGCAGUAGCAGCAGUAGCAGCAGCAGUGGCAGCAGCAGUGCUAGCAGCACCACCACGACCAGCAUCACGACCGCCGGCAAGCGGUUAACGCUCAGCAUCACCGACCCGAAUGCUCCGGCACCUCUGAAGACGAGCUACAAGAAGCACCAGCGUUCAACGACACUCGUGAGCCAAUGUUCUAUGGAGAGUGGCAUAAUAGCUGAUAUUUCGCUCAGCCCGGACGAGGUGCUGGACAAUCCGCACUGGCCACACCACCAUCCCCAUCACCACCACAACAACAACAACAACAACAACAACAACAACAACCAUCACUUACCAAAGCAUAACAACCUGAAGAAGACGCACAGUCUGGCGUCCUCCACACACAGCUCCGGCCCUAUCUCGCUGCCCAUCACGCUGCUACCGUCCGAGGACAUGCCGAAGGGUGUCGACGGUAAGCCGGACACCCUGUCACCGACGGUUGAGCCAGCCGGCGACAACGGCACUACCAUAACGGUGCAUCUUUAAACUCCUUAACUCCACUAUUGGAAUUCAGACAAAAAAAACCUGUACAAACCGUUCCUGGUCCUUGUGUGUGUGCGCGUGUAUCUCUGAGUGCAUGACUGCUGUGUGUAUGUUUGUGUGCGUGCGUUUGUUUUAGAGAUUUAGGAUUUAAUGGCCACAUUCGCGUGACUGCUUGUAAGAGUAUAGGGAGCUGAAGAAGAAGAAGAAGAAGAAGAAGCAGGAGAGCGCGUUAUUAUCGAUUACUUUUCAUUACUAAAUUACUAAAUUAAAUAAUGGAUAGUAUUACGCUUAGUUUGUAAUGUCUAUUAUUUUACCUUAUACAAACAGUAAAGAGAAAAAUUAAGAGUUUUGCACGCUUGCAUGUGUAUAAUAAGGCGCCGAAAAAGCAUAUUGUUAGCCAGGCAGAGUAGUAAGUGUGUGUGUGUGUGUGUGUGUGGUAAGGAAAAAAACAUGAAAAAAUACUAAAACAAAAACUAAAAAAGUAUAAAACUACAAGGAAGGGAGCAGGUUGAGGAAAUGCGAGGAAAGGAUAAAUUAAAUUUACAAACAACAACAACAAAAAACAAACACACACACACAAGUAAGGAGCAAAAUAGAAAAUCGGACAGGCAGA